AUGAUGCGUGGUUUCAAGCAAAGAUUGAUAAAGAAGACCACCGGGUCUUCUUCUUCUUCAAGCAGCAAAAAGAAGGACAAAGAAAAAGAAAAAGAGAAGGCUUCCGCUGCCUCAUCCACAUCAAAAAAACCAACUUCAUCUAAUAGUUCUCCUCACGGUACUACUCACAGUAAUACUACCAGCGGCACUGGAUCAAAGUCUACGACUGAAAGGGGCAAGGUAUCAGGCAGCGUUUCCUCCCAAGGGAAGCAUCAUAGUAGCUCUACUUCAAAAACGAAAACAACCACAACACCUGCUUCCAGCAGCAGUAGUAGUAGAAGCUCAAGUGUCAGUCGUUCCGGUUCAAGUUCCACAAAGAAAACAAGUUCAAGAAAAGGGCAAGAACAGGCUAAACAAUCACAGCAGCCACCACAAAUUCAGAAACAAGAAUCCUCUUCAUCUUCUACCGCUGUUAGGAAUUCUACGCCAGUACUUACUGUUACCAAGGACGAUAAAAGUACACAAGGCGAAGACCAUGCCCAUCCUUCCUUACUAGGUGCGGCGUCUGCUGUUCCAUCAUCUCCCAUUUCGAGUGCUACAGGAACAGUAGUCUCUUCGGACGUAGAAAACGCUAUAAGUAACAAUAACAAUAUGAAUCCCAAUAGUGGUAAUGCUCAGGAUGUGAAUCACUCUUCUUCACAAAGUAUUGACAUUCCGAGAUCAUCUCACUCAUUUGAAAGGUUACCAACACCUACAAAACUUAAUCCCGAUACAGAUUUGGAGUUAAUUAAGACUCCUCAACGUCAUUCUUCGUCUAGGUUUGAACCCUCUAGAUAUACGCCAUUGACAAAAUUGCCAAAUUUCAAUGAGGUUUCUCCUGAAGAAAGAAUUCCCUUAUUCAUUGCUAAAGUUGACCAAUGUAAUACUAUGUUUGACUUUAAUGAUCCAAGUUUCGACAUUCAAGGUAAAGAAAUCAAAAGAAGCACUUUAGAUGAGCUAAUAGAAUUUCUUGUGACAAAUAGAUUUACUUAUACGAAUGAGAUGUACGCUCAUGUGGUAAACAUGUUUAAAGUCAAUUUAUUCAGACCGAUUCCACCACCAGUAAAUCCGGUUGGCGAUAUUUAUGACCCAGAUGAAGACGAACCGGUUAACGAGUUAGCUUGGCCUCACAUGCAAGCAGUUUAUGAAUUCUUCCUAAGAUUUGUGGAAAGUCCUGAUUUCAAUCAUCAAAUCGCCAAACAGUACAUUGAUCAAGACUUCAUUUUGAGGUUACUGGAAUUGUUUGACAGCGAGGACAUCAGAGAGAGAGAUUGCUUGAAAACGACAUUACACAGGAUAUACGGGAAGUUUUUAUCACUAAGAAGCUUUAUUCGUAGGUCAAUGAAUAAUAUUUUUUUGCAGUUUAUUUAUGAAACUGAGAAAUUUAACGGUGUGGCAGAACUUUUAGAAAUAUUGGGUUCAAUAAUUAAUGGGUUUGCACUUCCACUAAAAGAAGAGCACAAAGUUUUCUUGGUGAGAAUAUUAAUUCCAUUACACAAAGUUCGUUGUUUAUCAUUAUACCACCCGCAAUUGGCAUACUGUAUUGUACAAUUUCUCGAAAAAGAUCCUCUAUUAACUGAAGAGGUAGUUAUGGGCUUAUUGCGUUAUUGGCCUAAAAUAAAUUCUACAAAGGAGAUAAUGUUUCUAAAUGAAAUCGAGGAUAUAUUUGAAGUGAUUGAACCUUUGGAGUUCAUUAAAGUCGAAGUGCCAUUAUUUGUUCAAUUAGCGAAGUGUAUUUCUUCUCCACAUUUUCAAGUUGCAGAAAAAGUUUUAAGUUAUUGGAAUAAUGAGUAUUUCUUAAAUUUAUGUAUCGAAAAUGCCGAAGUCAUUCUGCCUAUUAUAUUUCCUGCAUUAUAUGAACUAACAUCCCAGUUAGAGCUAGAUACUGCAAAUGGUGAAGAUAACAUCUCGGACCCUUACAUGCUUGUUGAGCAAGCUAUUAAUUCCGGUUCAUGGAAUAGGGCAAUCCAUGCAAUGGCAUUCAAAGCCUUGAAAAUUUUUUUGGAAACCAAUCCAGUAUUGUACGAAAACUGUAAUGCUUUGUACUUAUCAAGUGUAAAAGAAACCCAGCAGCGUAAGGUACAACGUGAAGAAAACUGGAGCAAACUUGAAGAGUAUGUAAAAAGCCUAAGAAUUAACAACGACAAAGAUCAAUAUACAGCUAAAAAUCCUGAAUUGAGAAACAAUUUCAACAUAGGAAAUGAAAAUGACACGUUAAAUGAAGAGAAUGAAAACGGUAGUGAAAAUGAGAUACAGUGA